AUGAUUAAUACUCACGAGGCAGAACGCCUACGCAUCUUGAUUGCCGGGGCUGGGAUUGGAGGACUCUCGGCCGCGAUUGCCCUUAGGCAGGCCGGUCAUGCCGUGGAUGUAUUCGAAUCGUCCCGCUUUGCACUCGAGCUCGGUGCUGCGAUCCAUCUUCCUCCAAAUGUGAACGGGUUAUUGCGGCGAAUGGGCAUCCAGCCAGAGGAUUUUCGGUGCAAUGAUGCGGAGUUUGUCUCUAUUUUUGACUCACAGGGCAACGUCGUAAGCUCAAAUGACGUCCGGAAUCUGCGCGAGAUCUACCCAUUUCCCUGGCAAUUUAGCCAUCGUGUUGAUUUGCAUGAAUCAUUGAAAGAGAAGGCUACUUCUCUCCAUGGCCCUGGAAUUCCAGUCACCAUUCACCUGCGCAGCAAAGUUGUCGACUGCGAUCCCGACCUCCCUUCCAUGACUUUAGCAGAUGGAACUAAGGUUCAAGGGGAUCUUCUAAUUGGUGCUGAUGGUGUUCAUUCCGUUCUUCGUAAAUUCAUCGCUCAGGAAAACAUUGAGGCUGAACCUUCUGGAGGAAGUGCCUUUCGGUUUCUCAUACCUAUCUCAAAGGUAAAGGCUAACCCGGAGACGGCACCCAUUGUUCAGAAGGCAGGAGAGUUUCAGAUCUGGGAUGGUCAAUAUCGCCGCUUGGUCAUCUAUCCAUGCCGGAACAAUACGGAGCUCAACUUUGUCUGUUUCUACCCGGAUACCGAGAGCGAGGGCGCAAUUGAAGAUCAAGGCCAGGGUGGUGCCCAAGCAAUCGAAGAUGGAGUGGCACUUGGUGCCUUAUUCCCUCCGGGUACUAGUCGAAAUGAUAUUCCCUCCCGAUUAAAGCUAUAUAUGAAUUGCCGCUACGAAAGAGCAACGCUGGUUCAGGACUUUUCCCGUCAAGCAGCAUUCAAAAUUAGCGCGAAGGACACCGUUGGAGGUACAUCAACAGAUCCUCUAGAAUUUACGCGAAUUAACUUCGGACAUGAUGCGCAUGACUUUGCAACUAACGUGCUCCGCAAACAUUUAGCGAGUCGGGUACCAAAUCCAAGUACAUUAUGUACUGUGUUUGGCCCAUCAACGCCCUUAAUUCUGGGAGCCCCUGAAUCUACGGGAAUUCUUGGAUUGCCCUCGGAGAGACUACUAGAAAUCGAAUUUUGCGCUCGUCGAAACUAUCUAGAAACUUUUCUUCCUGAAACAAAUUCGCGCAUUGCCUCUCCUGGUGGUUGGAGCAAGGCCUCCUUGGUUGUUAGGCACAUUCGGCCUGGGGAGUGGAAGGGACACUGCAAAGUCACCAUUCUGGGCCUUUGCAUCUUCGACGCCCUUGUUUUAUCUGAUCAGAAUAAGCCGAAGGAAUUUAAUCCGGUCAUAUUUUGUGAUAAUGCUGAAUUUGUGAUUGCUGCACGCGAGGAGCUUAAUCUUCCUAUUCUACUUACUGAUAUGAAGGAAAGCGUGAUUGCCGCUCAGUAUCAGAUGAAACUUCAGCAAUCAGGUAUCAGUUUUAUGGAUAUUAGUGGGAAUCUAGUAUUUGGCCAUCUAAACGGUGUGUCUGAUAAGAAAGUGUGUGGAAAAUCCCGGAUUUCAAUGACUCUUUUGAAGUCUGAAGUCGUGGAAGCAGUAUUUCCUGGACUGGCUAAUGUGAUCGGACGGCUACAAGGUCUUGAUAUCAAGGACGCAGUGGUCACUCGAUCGAGCAUCACACUUUGA